AUGUGCUUGCUAGACGAACUUGUCGUUCCUUCCUAACACAACAUCUCCAGACAUAGGUAAUUAUCGUACAUCCCAAGACUAUGAUAUCGAAAUGACCGCAGCACCCAAUCAUCCCAAUAACCUACUCUAUACAUCCCCAACAAGCCUCACAGCAUCCCCAUAAACCUAAACAGCCCCCAGCCCAUAGAACCAUCCAUCCAUCCUCAAAAUCAACAACAAUGCCACCACCCCAAACGCCCUCCUCAACAACAACAACAACCCUCCUCCUAACCGGCCUCCCGCCCACCGCCCUCACCGGCAUCGACCUCCUCUCCUUCACCCCCGGGCCCAACUUCCACGGCAUAAAACUGCUGCCCCCAGGCUUCCACUUCGUCUUCGCCAGCGCCACAGACUCGUUCAGUCUGCGCCACGGUCUCUGGUUCCACGUUCCCGGCCCUGCAUCAUCAUCAUCAUCACCACCACUACCAUCACCACCGGAUGUCCUCGCCGCGAAAUGGGACGCCAAAACCGAGACCCUCGUGCCGGAGUCUUUCUCAGACGCAGCGGAGCUCGACCGGGCGCGCGCGCGGGUAGGAGCGCUGUGGGAGUCCGGCUUGCUGGCGUACCGACAGACUGCCUCCGGGCAGGGCGUAGCAGCGCAGACAUUCGACGACGGCGCAGACUGGCGCCUCCUGACAUCGCAUGUCACAUCCGCGCUGCUCACACGCGUCACGGGGGCAGGAGCGGCGGAUGAUGCUGAUGAUGCAGACAGCGAGCAAGCAUGGAGCUGGAGUCUCACAACAGGGAGUUCAGCGGCGCAGGACGUGGACGAGAUACCGGGUCUUACGAGUAGCGAAGCCGCAGCAACAGCAGCAACAGGGCGAGAAUUGCGUUUUCUCCCGAUCAACCUGCGGCAGACGUGGCGGGAGGGCGCAACGGGGCGGGAGCGGACGGAUGCGGCGCAGGACCGGACGUGGGCGCUGAACGAGCUCGUGGAGCGGAACUGUCACGGCAAGGACGGGUACGAGGUGUUGGGGGAGAUGCAGUUCUGCUUUGUGAUGGUGCUGACGCUGGGGAAUUACUCGUGUUUGGAGCAGUGGAAGCGGGUGUUGGGCUUGUUGUUUACGUGUCGGGGGGCGGUGGGGCAGAGGGCGGAGUUGUUUGUUGAGACGAUUAGGACGUUGAAGGUGCAGCUUAGGCAUAGUCAGGAUGUGGAUGGGGGACUGUUUGAUAUGUCUGAGGAUGGCGGGGCGUUGCUUAAGAGCUUGGUGCGCAAGUUCAGGGCGGGCUUGGAGGAUGUGGAUGGGGCUGGCAAGGCGGAUGUUGUGGAUGAGUUGGAUGAGUUUGAGGAAUUCUUGCGUGUGGAGUUUGGGUGGGAGGUUGGGGGGAGUUUUUUGAGAAAGGGCAUGUUUCAGUUGGAGGAUGGGGAGCAGGUUGAGGCGGAGGUUUGUGGGUAUGAUGAGGAUGAUGAGACGGGCGAGUUUGCGCCGCUGGUGGUGGAGCUUACGACUGCACAGAGGAGGGCGCUGUCUAUGGAUGAUGGUGUUGAUGAUAGUCCUGCGGCUGUGCUGGAUGAGAGUGACUCUGACGAUCGGGACUUGGAAGACAUGGACGCUCGAUAUUGAGUCAUGUUGACCAUGACUGCCAUGCGAAGACGGCAGUGAGCCUUCAGGUACUCACUUGGAUGC